GGACGAUUUUUUGUCCCAGUCCAGCCCUGACUCAGAAAGAAACUGGAAAAAAAAGUAAGAUUGAACUACUUUAAUUAAAAUCAGAUGGUUACAAAAACAAAUGCUCGACGCUCUGAUAAUGCUCUUCUGUUCCACUCAUUAUGAUUCAGUUCUUUGCUUUCCUGUAAACUUCAGAGGUUUAUUUUUAUAAGAUAUACUGAGAAGAGUGUGGGAUUUAAUUAACUUACAUAUUACAUGACUUUAUGUGCAAAUGUAAUCCUACACUAGGAGAAACUGUAAACCUCUGAGAAAAUGAUCCACCUGGUAGUUAGUUACAUUUAUCAGCCACGGCUUUUAAUGCAAAUAAUAUAAAUGUUUAACAGGAUUCUUUGUAUAAUACAGACUGACAGACACGGAGUUUCACAGAAACCCUGUGAGCAUCCUCCUUGUUUGGUUAAUGUUUGAUUCAGUUUAAUAAGUUCUUACUAACAAAUCCACCAUCACGGGGAAAUCUGAUCAUAUUAUUGGUUACAGGAAACAGUGACGGCUGUUUCCAGCAGACUGCAGACCGACUGCAGCACUUCUUCCUCCUGUCAUCACCUCUGAUCGUCUCUGCUGUAACUCGGCUUCACUCUGACUCGACUCUCCUUCUUCAACCUGGAAAGAAAAUUGAGCAGCAACAAUCUCAGGUGUGAUCGUGUCCUUGAACCACACACCGACACGUCAUGUUUCAGGAGACACGCGAGAGCCUCACGCAGAAGAAACACACAACAGUGAUGACACACCGACCUCUGCCAGAAAUUCCUCUGUUAUGUCUCCCGCUGAGGGACAGUGCAGCUGAAACAUCUGACACAUGUGAUGCUGAACCUCCAAACAGCAGCAGCUAUGAUCAAAGGCCUCCUGACAAUGACGAGCGUCACUGCAGCCACAGAUAUGAAGUGAUGCCGCAUCACAAUGAUCUGCAGCUGCUGAACAGCAGCGACGAUCUGCAGCCUCCAGACAUGUCUGAGAUCAGGGUCGUUCUGCUGGGGAACAUUCAGUCUGAGAGGACCGCUGUGGUGAACUUCAUACUGGAGGUUCCUGUGUUUAGCCCCGAGGAAGAGCCAGACUAUCAGCCGGUCAGAGGACUUCUGAGGGACAAAGAAGUCAUCCUAAUCAACACUCCAGAUCUGCUGCUUCCAAACAUCUCUGAAGAUGAUCUGAGAGAACAUGUAGAAAACUGUGUGAGGCUCACAGCUCCUGGACCUCAUGUGUUCCUUCUGGUCCUGCAGCCUGAAACCUUCACAGAGGAUCACAAACAGAGACUCUGCAAAGUCCUGAAACUCUUCGAAAAACGAGUGUUUGAUCAUUCGCUGGUUCUGCUGUCAGCAUCCAAAGAGAGGGGCUCGAGUUUCAUGGAAGAGCUCGGGCUCCAUCGUCCCUUAAAAGAUUUGAUCAAAAUGUGCAGUUACAGAUAUUUGUGGAGGAAAAACCUCGAACCUCAAGAGCUCUUCACACGCCUGGUUCAGAUUUUUAAGGAGAACAAUGGAGAGUGUGUGAGAUAUAAAGCACAUAGCUAGGAAACGUUUACUGAAGCGUCCGGUCUCAAAAUGCAGAGUAUAACUGCACUGUAUAAGUCCCAGAGGACUGCAUGCCUUUUAAAACCAGACCAAAAGUUUGUUUGGUGAGUAUCAACCAACAGCAAAUGGUAAUGGUAAAUGGCCUGCAUUUGUAUAGCGCUUUUCUAGUCCAUAGGACCCCAAAGCGCUUUACACUACAUUCAGU